ACGUCAUCGGCCAAGCUCUGAGGUGUUUAUUGUUCGAUUCCCGUCGAAGAGAGAGAGAGAAAAAUAACAGCGCAGUAAAAAGGGAGUAAAGUGCCGCGAGCUCCUGGACAAAACCCCCUCUCCCCACCGGCUACUGGGAGCGCUGACCCUGUCCGAGGAGAGCUGCAGGACAAUUAGCCCUCUGUAGCGCUUUAACUCCGCUUUUAUUCUUUUUCCUCGGGAGCCAUUUUAGAGGCGAGCAGAGGCCGGAGCAGCGGUUUGGCCAUGGCGUACGCUUAUCUCUUCAAAUACAUCAUUAUCGGAGAUACAGGUGUGGGGAAAUCCUGCCUCUUAUUACAGUUCACAGAUAAACGCUUCCAGCCCGUGCACGACCUCACCAUCGGUGUAGAAUUCGGAGCGCGGAUGAUCACCAUAGAUGGCAAACAGAUAAAGCUUCAGAUCUGGGACACGGCUGGUCAGGAGUCAUUCCGUUCUAUCACCAGGUCUUAUUACAGAGGAGCUGCUGGAGCUCUACUCGUCUAUGACAUCACAAGAAGGGACACCUUUAAUCACCUGACCACCUGGUUAGAAGAUGCCCGUCAACAUUCCAACUCCAACAUGGUCAUCAUGCUCAUUGGGAAUAAGAGUGACCUGGAGUCCAGGAGAGAGGUGAAGAAGGAGGAGGGAGAGGCCUUCGCUAGGGAACAUGGCCUCAUCUUCAUGGAGACUUCAGCCAAGACCGCAUCCAACGUAGAAGAGGCGUUUAUAAACACAGCCAAGGAGAUUUAUGAGAAGAUCCAGGAAGGCGUGUUUGACAUCAACAACGAGGCGAACGGGAUUAAAAUCGGGCCGCAGCACGCUGCCACUAACUCCACGCUCUCUGGGGGACAGGGAGGACAGCAGGCCGGGGGAGGCUGCUGCUGAAUUACCACUUCUACCCCUUUAUUCUACCCCUUACUCCCCUUGUACCCUCACUCCCUCCAUCCCUCCUUUUUGUUUCUACUGGACUGGUCGCUCUCACUAAUGUAUUCUUAACCCUCAAAUCCAAAUCAUGUACUAGAUGGCUGUAAACAAAAAGCUAAAAAAAAAAAAAAGUCCUACUCCUGCAGAAGACACCCAGGUAGUGGUGUGGAGCUGGUGUGGAGCUGGUGUGGAGCUGGUGUGGAGCUGGUGUGGAGCUCUCUGCUCAGCUGCAGCAGGUUCUUGACCGUACGGUUAACUAGGCCCCGAGCCACUGACCCCACGCUGGUGAAUAUUAUCUUCAUGUUUGUGGAUUUCAGUUUGUUUUGUGCCCUUUUUUUGUUGACUUUGAGCUGAAUUGUAUUAAACACUACAAAGUCAUCUCUAGUAUUUUAAUCAGUGUGUGUGGGUGGAGUCUGUGAUCAUGAUUCGCUUUGGAGUCCGGACAAAUGGGCGUGUCCCAGCGCUCUGCUGGAUUUUACCGAGUGACCACCGGGUCCUGGGUUAACAGAGGGGCGGGGCUUCAGCUGGAAUGAAUUGGCCGAUCGGAAACAUAACGGUAUGACAUCACAACACAGUAGUUUAGCUAACAUCGACUAGCUUCCUAAUCUGACUUGCUACUUAAUGUUGGCUAGCUGCUGGGGGGGAUAGCUGUGAUGAUCAGGUUUGUGAUUGGUCGAUCAUUUUUAACCUAAACUCCGCCUCUUUCAGCACAGCUCUGCUGGUCACUCAGUAAAACCAGGAUGUGUGUGUGUGUGUGUGUGUGUGUGUGUGUGUGUGUGUGUGUGCGUGCGAGUGUUGAAGCUGUGAUGAAACGAGCAGCUGUUAUUGAAAUGAUGAACUGCAGGAUGUUUUAAUGUGUAUUUAUCAGGACACUCUGUGUGUGUAUAUAUAGCGCUCAUUUCUUGCUUUGAUGUAAGUUAGAGUUGAACUUUGCCCUUUUCUGACCGACGCUGUGCGAGUAGAGCUUGAGAAUGCGACAGUAUUUGGCGCUGUUUUAACGUUGACCGCCUUGUUUCCUUUGACCUCCUCCUGCCUUCUCUCUCUCUCUCUCUCUCUCUGUCGUGUAGAGAUCCUUCAUCUGGAUUUAUUAUAUGGUGUAUCUGUUUUAAUGCCAAAUUUGUGUUUACCCGUGUCUCUCUCCAACACGCCGUUCGCCUUAAACCGAUAUCAGAGCGGUGUUUCACAUAAUAAGGUCCCGUUACAGACGCUGUGUGUGAGGACGAGCGUGUACACACACACACACACACACUCUAAUCCCGUACAAUCAGUUUUAUAGAAAUAUAUACUGUCCUUUCAAGCCGUGUCCCAGUAGCGUCAGUCCAGCCCCGCCUCCUUCACGUGUAUGGCACGCUCUCCCGCCUCCUCCGCUACUCUCUCUCUCUCUCUCUCUCUCUCUCUCUCUCUCUCUCUGGGUGAUUAUUCUGUUCAUGGUGAAAGGGCGUGUGGUGAAAAGCCAAACUCCAGUAACGUUGUGAUCCUUCACUAUUAUUUGCUGUGUUCUCCAAAUAAAAUGCUAUCACAAUAAAACAUGAAUAAAACUC